CUUCUUUAAUUAUCUUUCUCUUCAAAUCAUUAUCUUCAAUCAUCCAUGGCGGACUGGGGUUUACAAGCUGUGAUCAGACCUAAUGAAUACGAUGACCAUCUGCAAGAUCACGAAGAUCAUCAUCAUCAUCAUCAUCAACACAAUCAUGAUCAAGCUUUUGGAUCUAUUGAUAUGAAGAAAGAAUAUGAUCAAGCUCUUCUCUUCUGUUACCCUCAUCUCUUUGAUCAUCAUCAUGAUUAUGAUCCUGAAACCACUAGCACAACAGCAGUUGUUGGAGGAGAAUUAGAUCAACUUUACAAGCCUUUUUAUCCACUUUAUGAAACUAAUGAGAUCGAGUUUCCUCCUCCUCCUAUGCCUGUUGUUUCUGCUGAUCUUCAAACCAUUCAUCAUCAUCAUCAUCAUCAUCAGGAUUCUGAUCAAGAAGUUCAACAUCAAGAACAACACAUCAGGAGUUUUUGUGAGUCUGCUUCAAAACCCUCCCAAAUUGCACCAAAGCUCAAAAAAAGGAAGAAUCAACAAAAGAGGGUGGUGGUUCAAGUAACAGCUGAUGGGUUAUCUUCAGAUCCAUGGGCUUGGCGUAAAUAUGGUCAAAAACCAAUCAAAGGCUCCAUCUAUCCAAGAAGCUAUUAUAGAUGCAGCAGCUCAAAAGGGUGUAUGGCAAGGAGACAAGUCGAGCAAAGUUGCACCGAUCCAAGCAUCUACAUUUUAACCUACACUGCCGAUCACAACCAUGCACAACCAACUCGCCGGAACUCGUUGGCCGGAAUUACCCGUAACCGGUUCAAGAUUACUCCAAAGAGCCCCACCAUUAGCGACGGUUGUAAAACCGUCACAGUUUCAAAGGACUCACCCUUUCAUUCUCCAACAACCCCUUCUGUUUCAUCCAUUGAAGAUGAAAUCCUCCAACAAUCAAACAUCAAACAAGAGACAAUGUUUUACAACAAAUUCGACGAUCAAGAACAUACAAUGAUGACAGGAUUCAACGAUGACGACUUCAUGAUAUAUAGAGAUGAUUUCUUCGAAGAUUUGGAGGAUUUGGGAGGGUUUAAAAUGGAUUCAUCAUCUUAUAAUUGCUCAAACCAGCAAUUUCCUCAUGUCUUCUCAUGACUAUGAAUUUCUUAAAGUUUACUUUUGCUUUUUCUUU